AAAGCUGUGGAUAACUUGGGUCUGAAACUUGUGAUUCGGGACCAGACCGAAAACAUCGUAUUUGAUUCACUUGCUUUGACUGUGACCAAAGUUGAUGGGACCAACUUUGGGAAAACAUCAUUCACAAUUGCAGAUCCCUUAAACCCACAGGUCACAAAAGGACUUCAAAGACAAGUCAGAGCAGUGGAAAGUUCCUCCCCCCUGGCCAAAAUAACACUACCUGCAUCUCUGACAGAGAACCUCUCUCCAGAAGAAAAGAAGAUAGCCUCUAGAGUCCAGUUCACCUUCUUUCAGAAAAGUAUAUUUUUUCAGGAUAAAACCCUGAGUCCAGAGAAGCUGAACAGCCACAUUCUAGGCUCUAGUGUGGCUAACCUGUCAAUCAAAAACCUGAGGGAGAAUGUUAUAUUUACUCUGAGGAAUAAACAGCCCGUUGCGGGGAACUAUGUAGCAUCCUGUGUUUUCUGGGACUUUGACAAAAACGGAGGUUUAGGAGGCUGGAAUGGCAACGGCUGCUCUGUGAAAAACAGCAGCACUGAGAACGAAACUGUCUGCAGCUGCAAUCACCUGACAAGCUUUGCUGUACUACUGGACAUUAGCCGGCAAGGCAUAACUGACCGUUUGCAGGCCACCAUUCUUACCUUCAUCACUUAUAUUGGAUGUGGGGUGUCCGCCAUCUUCCUCUCGGUUACUCUGAUCACCUACCUCGCGUUUGAAAAACUCCGCCAUGACAUCCCUUCAAAAAUCUUGAUCCAUUUGUGUUUCGGCCUGCUCUUGCUGAACCUGGUAUUCUUGUUGGACUCAUGGCUGGCGCUGUACAAAGAUGCUGUAGGCCUGUGUAUUUCCACAGCCUUCUUCCUGCACUACUUCCUGUUGGUCUCCUUCACCUGGAUGGGACUGGAGGCUCUGCAUAUGUACCUGGCCAUCGUCAAAGUCUUCAACAACUUCAUGUCCCGAUACAUGCUAAAAUUCUCCCUGGCAGGCUGGGGAAUCCCUUUGGUUGUCGUCAUUAUCGUAAUUGCGAUAAACAAAGAUAACUAUGGCCUCGUAAGCUAUGGGAAAUUUUCUGACGGAACUACAGAUGAAUUUUGUUGGCUGAACAAUAACAUAGCGUUCUAUGUGGCUGUUGUGGCGUACUUCUGCGUCAUAUUUGUGUUGAACCUGGCCAUGUUCGUGGUGGUGAUGAUCCAUCUGAGACGAAUCAAGCGCCGAAACCCUCACAAUAAUCAGUACCACAGCAGCUUGCAUGACCUUCGUAGCAUCGCCGGACUUACUUUCCUGCUCGGGCUUACAUGGGGCUUCGCCUUCUUCGCCUGGGGACCAGUCAAUUUGGCCUUUACGUACCUGUUCGCCAUCUUUAAUUCCCUACAGGGCUUUUUUAUUUUUGUUUUCCACUGCGCUUUGAAGGAAAGUGUCCGUAAACAGUGGAGAAUGUAUCUCUGUUGUGGCAGUUUACGAUUGGCUGAAAAUUCAGAGUGGAGUCGGACAGCCACACAGAGCAACCACACUAAAAAGACUUCGAUCAUGACGGCAGAUUCAGGGUCCCACAGUGUACCACGAAGCUCAGUGAGCAGCGAUGACUCUGUGCCGUCCCAAGGCAUCGGCUCACCGGUGGAUGACAGUGUGAUCAUGUUAGGGGAAGCAAAUGACGACGUGAUCUUCAAUCAGAUGAACAGUCAAAUCCAUUCUUAGAAGAGGAUUAUAAAUGCAGACAGGAAAACAGGUGAAGAAACAGUUUCUAUCAGGCCUGGAAAAAAAAAUUACCACCAAGAUGAGAAACGAAUGACUCAGCUCAAAAUGUCUUUUCUCAUCAGUUAGUCUGAAUCAAUGUUACAUGCAGUAAAGUGAACUUUAUAGCCAGACAUUUUGUUAUUUGUUAUCGAACUGGGCUGCUCACAGCUGAGUAAUGAAUAGCAAGAGCACGUACCUAUGGGAGUCAAUGUGUAAAAAUAUCUCUGUGUACUGAGGAGUUUUGGGGUUUUAAACUCCUAUAUAUUUUCAGCAAACAGUAUUAAAUACCUCUUCUGCAAAAAAUAAAGCUCAGAUGAUGCAAUUGCAUCAGAUGGUACUUAAUAAAGGUUUUAUAAUUGAUAAAGGACUACAUUUAAAAUGAAGGAAAACAUUCUGUCUUAAAAACCAUAUAUAUCUGUCAGACGUGCUUUAGAAAGACUGAGAUAUGUUCUGUUUUCCAUAUAGUUGUUUAUUAGUUUUUUCCACAUUUUACAGUCACUCUCAGUUUUGUAGUUCUUACAUAAAAAUAAUUAAUAUGCUAAUGUAUCUAAAAAUUUGUUAUAUGUAAUCAAAUUUGCUUUCUUUGUACUGUGUAAAACAGAAUUUGUCUGAAAUUAUUUUUAAGUAGUAUAAUGGUUCUGUUUAGCAAAAAAAAAAAAAAAAAAGUAAUAUGAUUUAUCAUGUUUUUAUAUAUUUUUUAACAAUUAUGUAGUUUUAUGAAUUUAUGAUAAUUUCACAUUUUAGGCAGAGUUGGGAAUCAGAGAUUCUAACAUAAUAAAUAAUUUAUUACACCUUU